AUGGCAGAAAUCUCAGGCGCUAAUAGACCAUUGCGAAUUGGCACACGAAGAUCCAAUCUAGCUAUUAUCCAGGCGAAAGCUAUCCAAGAUCAGCUACAGAAGCUUGCACCGGAGCACACUUUUGAAAUUGAAGCUCUCCAUACCAUUGGAGAUAAAGACCAAAAUAGUUCUCUUUAUAAUUUCGGUGCAAAGAAUCUAUGGACGACAGAGUUGGAGGAAUUGCUAACUUCUGGCAAACUAGACGUUGUUGUGCAUUGUCUUAAAGAUAUGCCAACAAAGCUCCCCGACAGUUGUGAUUUAGCUGCCAUUCCUCUCCGCGAUGAUCCCCGUGAUGCUUUGAUUGUCAAGGUUGGUCUACCUUACACAAGCUUACAAUCACUACCCGAAGGUGCUGUUGUUGGUACUUCUUCAGUACGUCGCUCUGCGCAGCUUUGCCGCCUAUUUCCGAAUUUACGUUUUAUCAAUAUACGUGGUAAUGUUGAAACCCGCCUAGCAAAGCUUGAUGAUCCGCAGAGUGAGUAUACCUGCAUAAUAAUGUCUGCUUGUGGGCUUGAACGUGUUGGACUUGGCUAUCGUAUCAACCAACGGAUAGGCUCUAAGGAUGGUGGGAUUCUACACGCAGUUGGUCAAGGUGCAAUUGGCCUCGAGGUUCGGAAAGGAGAUACCAAAAUCCUACAUUUACUGGACCAAUUGGUAGACCACAAAUCUAGCCUUGCAUGCCUUGCCGAGCGUGCUCUGAUGCGUACGCUUGAGGGUGGUUGCAGUGUGCCAAUUGGCGUUGAAACAGAGUGGAUUGGUGACUCGGAGGUUUACCUAACCCUGAGAAUAAGAGGAAUAGUUAUUAGCCUUGACGGUUCCCGAAGUGUUGAAGAUAGCAUUGAUGCGACGGUGUCUACCAAAGAUGAGGCUACCGCGCUCGGACAAGAAUUAGCUGCGCGACUGUUAGAGGCUGGAGCUGCUACAAUUUUGAAAGACAUCAAUAAUAACCGGCCGUCCAAAAACUAA